AUUCGUUUCGAGUGUCGCGCUGUGCCUGCACCGCAGAAAUGGAGCUCCGAACUUCUCGCGAAUCGAUGUGAACUGGUUCACAGUGGUGCGGGCGAAUCAAACGGACCUUUAACACGAACGGACGAAGGUCCGUUCGAUUCUAUUUGGCUCAUGUGCUAGCUGCUCGGCUGUUCCUUGCUGUGACUGACUGACUGCCCCACUGCGCUGCUGCUGUGCACGCCUUCGCCUCGCUGUCGUUUUGCGUUUUUUGGCACGGGUUGCAGCGUUGCGGCUUGGGCUUCUGACACGUCUCUUUCGCACACCAUGUCUUCCAAGUGGAGAAAAUGUAGAGUCGUAAGAAAGGAAUACGACAAUAUACUGAAUGAACUAGGACUCGCGCGGCCUGUUGCUGGGCCUUCGUCGGUUUCCCUGUCCAACGACAGAGCUGCAAGCACCACCUUUACGGACAGUGCUCGCGUAGCGCCACUUUCGCCUCCGAAGCUGGGAAGCAGCAGGCAAUCGGGAAAUUCAAUUUCGACGGACGACGGGGGUGAGCCUCCACUCAAACUGUUGAAAGAGCAGUCGGGAAGCGAAGCCUUAGUCAACAGCGUCUGCGGACAAGGUGCACAUUUUGUUGAAGAAUUCCAAUCAGAAAUUGUGGAUAUGUCUUCGUCUUCACGUGAGCACAGUGACUCUGAUAGUAGCUCAAGUGACAAUCAAAUCUCAAGCAAAUCUUCGGAUGAGUCUGAUGACUUUGUUGCUUCAGACAGCUGCACGGGGCCAGAUGAGGGAACAGCGCUCACUUGUAGCGCAGCGCUGUCUCGUGUAUCUCCUGAACAAAUGACAGCAAGUGAAGAGUUUGCUGUCAUUGCUUCCAAACAUAAUAUGACUCAUGCAUGCAUUAACGAUGUCCUCGAUUUCUGCCGUCGAAGAGGCUUCUCUGACCUUCCAAAGGAUGCUAGGACAGUUUUGAGAACUGAGCGCAAAGCUCAGGUGGAGCAAAAUGGGUCUUUUGUGCACUUUGGCCUUGCAGCAGGAAUUCGUCAAGUGUUGCCGCCGGGGCAAGUAGUUCCAAGUGAACUGAAGCUACAGGGCAACAUCGAUGGAGUCCCUCUUUACAGAAGUAGCCAGCUUGCCUUUUGGCCCAUUUUGUGCCGCAUUACAAAUGUGGAGGCAUCACCACCAUUUGUUGUAAGUGUGUAUUGUGGUGCAGGGAAGCCACCAUCUCUGCAGUAUUAUCUAGAGCCAUUUGUGCGAGAGGUCUCGGAGCUUGCGUCUGAAGGGUUAAGCAUAGGAGAUGUUCGAGUACAGGUGAGCAUUGAAGCCAUGGUGUGCGAUGCUCCAGCAAGGAGCUACGUGAAAUGUAUUGUUGGCCACACUGGCUAUUAUGCGUGUGAGCGAUGCAACCAAAAAGGGCGGCACAUUGAAAACAGGGUCACAUUUCCCAAACUGCACGCACCAACACGAACGAAUGCAUCAUUUCGAUCUCAAGAGAACAAGCGCCACCAUUCUGGUUUUUCACCAUUCCUAUCGCUUGAUGUUGACAUGAUUUCAUUUUUCCCAUCUGAAUACAUGCACCUCGUUUGCCUGGGAGUCAUGCGACGACUCUUAAAGAAUUGGGUAUGCCAAGGCCACAGUAAUAGAUUGAGCAGACUGCAUCGUUGGAAGGCAACAGAGUUUCGGACAUUCCUCCUUUAUGUGGGGCCUGUUGUCCUAAAGCCUCUUCUGCCUCCAUCACACUACAAACAUUUUCUAAUGUUUCAUGUAGCUAUCAGAAUUUUAGCAUCACCUCAGUACUACUGUGAAUACAAUGAUUUUGCCAAAGAUGUGCUGAGGUACUUUGUUCAAGAGUUUAGUGAGCUAUACGGAAGAAACCAGCUUGUGUACAAUGUGCACUCACUAAUUCAUCUUGCUGACCAGUGCCGGGACCAUGGCCCAUUGGAUCAGUUUAGUGCAUUCCCUUUUGAAAGCUACCUUGGACGAAUGAAGAAGUUGCUGCGAUCCUCCAACAAGCCACUUUCACAGCUAAGUAGGAGAAUCUCUGAACUGAGGCACUCGACCAAGAACCAAGUCGAGCAGAAACUGCAACAUGUGAAGCCUGGAGACUGCUUCCUGAUUGACAGUGCUCCUGUGGUUGUUCUGGAAAUAAUGGGAGACCACUUCAAGGGAGGGAUUUUACCAAAUGUCAGGGACUUUUUCAAACUUCCACUCAAGUCGUCUCAGUUGAAUAUUUGGCGCUGCAACACCUUAAGUAAUAGAAGUAAGGUCUGGCCUCUUGAUGACCUCCGGAAUACUGCUCAGUGCCUGAGGCUUAACUACAAGCAAGGACAUGUUGUUGUUCCUCUUUUGCACUUUCACUGAAGCUGUCAGUGGUCGGUGGACUUAUAUUAACCCAAACUGCCAUAGUCAGUCAUCUGACUGCCAUAUUGCUAUGCCUCCAA